AUGCUAGCUGUUAGAUCCCCGUCUUCUGUCUCCUCGGGACCCCAAUUAUCCGCAUUCUCCCCCUACUCUGCGUCACCAAGUUCACCAGCUCCUCUUUUCUCAAUCAAAUCUGACAAACAACGUCCCUCUCUACGAUCGCCUUCACCCUCCCACAUGUCCGCCGAUUCUCGAUCGACCGAAGAGGCUACCAGUAGGACCUCCCCAAAGGCCCUCACCCCAAACGGACUUGAUGUUUUGGAGAACCAAGAUGCGAUGAUCAACGGGGAUAUUGGCCACUACAUUCCGAGGUCGGGAAGCUCACUCAGUAUCCGCACUUCCGGUGCUGGAGUGAGCGACUUCAAACAUAGCUCGGACGAGGAUGAACCCCCGCAAUCUGUAAUUCACGUCCCCUCCGGUUUUGGUAAAUUUCUAGAUAGUUCACCUUCUCCCCGCGCAGAGUCUAUCAGAUCAUCGUCGGCACUAUCAGAUGUGACGGUCACUACGCAACUGGCAGUCCACGGCCAGAAUGCGGGCAAGAAAAUGUCAUCCAGCCCUGUAUCGCCGCCGCCAAUCACCACGCAAAUCGCACCUCCCGAGGACUGGUCAGAUCGAACCACGCCUCUUGCAAAAACAAGACAAGAGGUUGAAGAUUUCAAAAAAAGGGCUAGGAAAAGCAACUUGGAAGAUAUACCGGAGACCUUGGACACCGACCAGCCUGUCGAAGAAACCGAAGAUGAAACUGAGCCAACCCCAAUUAAAAUGACUUCUACAGUUGGUAAAUUUCAGGAUACGGAGGAUGAGUUGGAUGCCCUGAGAGUUGCAUUAUCGGAAUGCUGGAAUUUGUGUAAUACCCUAGCGAACUUAAGUUAUAUCCAUCGAGAGCGAUUGUUUAACUUUUCCGGAAAGGGAGACAAGCAGGAACAGGCUUGGAAGUCGUGCUGGCAACUUUGUCAAAACCUUUAUGAGAAUCGAGAUAACGAUGACCAUCAAUUCCACGUACGGCCAACGCUAGAUCUUUGCCGCGACUUUUGUCAAGCGCUGUUUGAAGUUCGCGUGCGUGAUAAUGAACUCGCCGACUCCGUGCUGCGUGUGAGUUUUGAGCUCAACAACCAUCUGUAUAAUACUCACGAUCGAAACCUGCCCGAAGCAUUUCGGGAACGGACGUUGGAUUUUUACAUCACGCUAUGCCAUCGCCUCAUGAAGCAACGAACACGAUUAGCGGAAGAAACAGACUCCCUCUUGAAGGCUUGCUGGUCACUGGCUGAGAUGUUGUUCAGCCUACGGCAAAGCAGGCGGGAGGGCAAAGAACCCGAUGAAGAGCUCCUCGGGUCCGCCGUGCAGGCAUGCUGGGAAUUGUGCGAUCUUUUCCGCGAAGGCUGGACUCAGAUUCGACCGGAUCGUGGCACCCCACGGCCCAGCCAGACCACCUUCACCCAAGCGUUUUACCAAGCUAAACGAUCCGAGUAUGCCGUAAUGGCCGAGGAGUCCCAAUCUCAGAACCGCGGAGGGAACCCGGAAACUCCCACGACAAUAUUUGAAGAUACCACCACAAUUUCACCUGAUGAAGCUCCCUUGCCUAACAUUCUCCUCCUAGGCCCUGGCCUCACCCAAGUAACCCCUCCUAAGUGGUCAUCUAACUCCUCCACGCUGUCCGGCUACUCCCAAUCCUCAUCCGGAAAGACAACAACAUCAUCAUCCAACAACACUGUCAAAUCCCCCGCGGAAGACCCGAACCUUACCUGCCUGAAACUCCUAAUUGUCCGUGCAGCCAUGAACGGCGGUUUCCAGCGGGGGACGACUCAAACGCUAUCUGCGUUUGUGAAAUCCCUCUCAUCAGAUUCCUUCGGCACGCUAGUGUGGCAACGCACACUUCUAGAAAAUUAUAAGAAACUGGUUGUCUUUGACGCGGCAUUCCGCGACGUUGCGCCGCCUGCCCGUGCGGGUGCCAUGGAUGUUGCCAACGCGGUCAGAUCUAUGGUACUGCAUAAUGGGCAGUAUAUCUGGCUGCAGGACCUGUACCGAUUGGUGUUUGGCUUCCAUACCGAGGAGGCAUUACACCGAAAGAGCGUUACUGUUCAGACGUAG